UUUGUUGGAAUGUCAAGUAUUAUGUCGUUUAAAAAUUAACAUCUCUAAUCGUCAAAUUACCUUUUAAAAUUUCUCGUAUUUUUGUAUUCAUAAAUCUGCAAAAUUCCCCAUUUGAUUAAUUAUGAACCAACUAAUUGCAACUGUAUUAUCAUCUCCAAAGAGAAUAGUUUUUGAGAACGUGAUCAAAUGUCUAAACCACAAAAAAUCAGAAUCUAACUCAGAAUCUGCUUUGAGCGGUAGUAGCGCUCAGUAUCUUGAGGAUAUGUAUAAUAGCUGGCUCAAGGAUCCUUCUAGAGUACACUCGUCUUGGGAUAUCUUCUUUCGAAAAGCACAAGAAGGAACUUUAACAUAUUACCCACCAACAACAUCCAAUGAUGCUAGAAAGAAUAAACCAGUAAGUAAAACAACACCAAAUAAUCCUUCAUCUAACCCCCAACUCACAAAUCCUGCUUCGAAUGUACCUAAGAAUACAAACUCAAAAAAUUCUGUCGAGCUGAAAAUCACCGAGAAACCCAACGUUCUUAAUGUAAAUCCUGUAGUUCCAUUAACCAAGGCUGUAGCCAAACCGGCUGUUGGCUCUUCUGGAGCUCCUGAACCGGAAGCUGUUACAGCAGAAAAGUAUACUGCUUUGCAUAGUAUUAUAAGAGGAUACCAAGUAAGAGGGCACUAUUUGGCGGAUGUAGAUCCCUUAGGAACCACAAUAGCCAAGCGAGAAAGUAAAGAUGGUCGACAACCUGCUGAUAUAAUAUCUCCUAAAUAUAAAAUAAAUGAAAGUGAUUUGGAUAAACUUUAUAGAGUACCCUUAACAACUAGAAUUGCUGAAGCAGGUUCACAACUACCUCUUCGGGAAAUCCUGGCUCGAUUGGAAAAGUCCUAUUGCCAACAAAUAGGUGUAGAGUAUAUGUAUAUACCGUCCGUAGAACAAUGCGAUUGGAUUAGAGAGCGGUUUGAGCCGCCUGGAGCAACAGAUAUUUCCGAGAAGAAGAAGAGAUUACUUUUAAUUCGUCUCGCUAGGACUCAUUUGUUUGAACAGUUUUGCGCCAAGAAAUAUCCAACGGAGAAGAGAUUCGGCAUAGAGGGAUUAGACUCUAUCAUACCUCUACUCAAGACGAUCAUCGACAGAUCUUCGGAAUUAGGUGUAGAGAUGUUCGUAAUAGGAAUGGCUCACAGGGGUCGCCUUAACGUGAUAGUAAACGUUUGUCGAAAAUCGUUGGUGCACUUGUUUGCGUAUUUUGAACCUCUCAAACCCUUUGAACAUUGUUCCGGUGAUGUUAAGUAUCAUUUGGGAGUGUUUACACAAAGGAUGAAUCGAGCUUCAAAUAAAAACGUUAAGCUCGUCGUGUUGGCUAAUCCUUCCCAUUUAGGUAGUGCCGUUCCAGCAACCGUAGGAAAAGUUCGCGCUGAACAAUUCUUCAAAGGGGACGUCCACGGAAAUAAGGUGAUGGCCAUUCUAAUUCAUGGCGAUGCAGCUGUUAGAGGACAAGGCGUACAUUUUGAAUUAAUGAACAUGUCUGAACUGCCCUGUUACACCACUCAUGGAAUUAUCCAUGUAGUUGCAAAUAAUCAAAUUGGAUUUACUACUCUUCGAGCAGUUUCCGGUUCUUCACCGUAUUGUACAGAUAUUGGUCGCUCCAUAAAUGCUCCAGUUUUCCACGUCAACGCCGACUACCCGGAAAAAUGCAUCCACGUAGCUAAGGUUGCUUCCGAAUGGAGAAACAAGUUUCACAGAGACGUGAUGAUCGACCUGGUGGGAUACAGAAGACAUGGCCACCAGGAAGUCGACGACCCCACAUUUACCUCGCCGGUACUAUACAAGAGAAUCGCCAAAAUGAAGACAUGCUACGAAAUGUAUGAAGCGAAAUGUCUAAAAGAGAAUAUCAUGUCACCACAGGAACUGAAAGCUGUCAAAGACGAGUACUUGGCGAUGCUAGAGAAAGAAUUUCAGAAGGCAAAGGAAGAAAAAACAUAUUAGUUUACAUGAUUGGCUUGAUACUCCAUGGGAAGGAUUCUACCAAGGCAAAGAUACUUCCAAAAUACAACCAACCGGUGUUCCAAUGGCAGUUCUGGAUCAUAUCUGCAAAGUUGUAUCAAAUCAUCCACCACCUUCAGCAAAAUUUGCUCUGGCUAAAUCCCUUGAAAGAGUAUUAAAAGGAAGGCAGGACCUCCAUAGUAAAAAACUGGUCGACUGGUCCAUGGGAGAGGCCUGCGCAUUUGGUGCCUUUUUAAAAGAAGGUAUUCCAAUACGAAUGACGGGUGAAGAUGUUGAAAGAGGAACU